CUCGAAUGCGCAGGUGUGCCAACCGCUCUGCUCACUCGUGCCACCAGAUACCCUGUGCCACAAGGACCGAGCCUGGCGCCUUUGCUCAUCCAGGAAAGUCGCUGCCCGAGCUGGAACGAAGCACUGUUGAAAUUGUCACCGUGACAUGAGCGAGCAAGGUCGUCCUGAGCAGGAGCGUCAGCCCGGGGCUGGUCAGCCGAAUGCCUCGGAGCACUCCCCGGCGUCUGCUGACGGUACUUCCCCGAAAUAUCUCAGCUCUGCAUCGACCUUAUCUACGGACUCCUUCGCUACUAACAAGCGUUCCAGAAAACGCGCGUCCUCAAAGGGUUCCUCCGGCCGAUCUCGCAAACGCACUGCACACAGGAUUCUCGGACUUCUCUCCAAGAACGCGAAGCGCCAGGACAAGCCGGCGAGGAACGAGGACAGCUUGAAAAAGGACCUCUCGUCUACGGACUCGGCAGCAAGGAACACCGCGGCCACUAGCCUCUUGGUGAAAGGCCUUCCGCCAACGGAUCCCUCGGCAAAGGAACGCUCAGCUGCGGACAUGACGGAAAAGGACCGAUCCGCAAAGAGCCUGUCGGAAAAGAACCUACCUGCACAAAGCCUUUCCGCAAAGGACCUAUCGACAAAGGCCGGCACGACAGUGGUUCAGGACCUCUUGUCAAAGAAGACCUUUUCUAAGGACGUCUCCACAAAGCACCAGUCGACAAAAGACCUCGCGGCGAAGGAGAGCACGGUGAAAAACGCUUCAGCUGAUAAUCUUAUGGCACAGGAAAGCUCGGAAAACAGGGGCUUAAUUCAAGAUGUCAUGACAAAGCAUCUGACGACAAAAGAACCUUUGCCAAAGGACCUGUCGAUGAAGGACCUACCGGUGAAGGAAGGCGCAGUAAAUUACCUUCCGGCACGGGAAAGUUCGGCGGAGAAGGCCUUGGCUAGGGACAUUGUGACAAAUGUUGUGGCAACAGAGGACUUGGCGGCGAAGGAGAGCUCGGCAAGGAAGGGCCCAGCUAGUGACCCUUCGGCAAAGGACGUUCCGGCAGCGCACAUGGCGGCAAACGAUAUGGCGGAGUGGGCCCGCGGGCAUAGCAACAAUGAUGCACCAGGAAAUGCUGCCAGCAACGCUUCGCAAGGGCAACCCCACGUGACCCCGGAGCAGCGUCACCCCCAGGCCACGCUGUCAUUCUCUUCCCCGAGCUCUACGUCACCGCGGGACUCGACGUCACCGCUGAGCGCAGCGGUCGGUUCCGCUUCGAGCUCGUCACCGGAUGCCAACCCACUGGCUGACCAGUUGGCGUUGAACGUCCUCAAGGGCCGAGGGCUUCCGCUGGACCCGAGCCAGCUGCCCCUCAGCCCCAUGCUGGAGCGAGAGCCCCCGCGCAAGAACCGGCGCGUGUCCAUCGUCCUGCGACCCAUCGUCGACAUCAUCUCGCCGCGGUACCGAUCGUCGGACUCGCCGGCUGACCGGCAUCAUCCCGGUUCCAUGACUACGACGGUGCGAGCACGGCCUCGACGCGGUGGGAGCGCGAAGACAGUUCGGCGCAGUGCCGAUUCGACAAGGCCCGGUCUGCGCACGAAGCGAGAGCCAUAGGCGACUUGUUCGCCCUCGAUGGUGCUUUAGCGGCGAUGAAGGAGGGUCUCGGACGCUUCGCCGCUCAGGCUGAAGCUGCUGGAGAAGCUGACCGCCACGCAGACGUUCUACGUCAGUUAUUGCAGCCGCUUUUGCGGCGACCCGGACGCUCGCGAGAAGUGCGACCUCGCCAUGAACGGAUCCGAGUUUCAGGCGGCGUUUGACUGUCGGUGGCGGGUGUUCGAUCGCGGCUGCCUUUUCGUGUAGCCCCGAUGUUUGAUUUUGCUGUUUUCUUUACGCAUUAUUUUCGUUUAGUGUGAUAGCUGACUUUCCUGUGCGCCGAUUUUUUUAAAAUAUAUUUCCGCAUCACAUCAUCGGCAGGGAUGCAGCAGCGUAUUAUCGCAGAAAAAUUCCUCUCUACGCAAGUAGUGCUGGAAUAA